AUGAGUACAGCUUAUUCUGUCCACUCAAGGGAACCAACUACACCGCAAUGUUUGAAUGGAGAAAACACGCAAGGAGAAAAUAUUGCUGACAAUGGAGGUAUCCAUUCGGCUUUCCGUGCCUAUCAAGUACACAAGAAUUUGAAUGGACCUGAUGCACAAUUGAAUGAAAGAGUCUUGGGACAAUUCAGUCACGAUCAACUCUUUUUCCUCAAUUUCGGCCAGGUUUGGUGUCAAAUGGACGAGACACCGGAUCAAUAUUUCCGUCAGAUCAUGGUCGAUCCCCAUUCCCCGGCCAACUACCGUGUGUUCGGUGCAAUCCAGAAUUUCCCGGCUUUCCGAUCGGCUUUCAAUUGUCCCGUUGGUGCCACAUAUUCCCCGGAGAAACAUUGCGAUGUGUGGGUGCCGAAGAAAACCCCG